ACACAGUUCACAGUAACAGCAGCACAGUCGAUGCUCUUCACUGGAGCCUCACAAAGUCCGGAUGCUGAUCCGGAAGCUUUUAAUCCGGAUUAUAAACCUGUAGUAGCAGAACUUCCUCCUCUCAUUGAAAUGAAGACAGGAGAAGAAGAGGAAGAGAUCCUCUUUAAAGAAAGAUGCAAAAUGUUUCGUUUCGACAACUCUAUAUCAAACUGGAAAGAACGCGGACUUGGUGAACUGAAAAUUCUCUUCCAUAAAGGGAUGAACCUGCAUCGUGUAGUGAUGCGCAGGGAACAGGUUUUUAAAGUGUGUGCCAACCAUCUAAUAACCAAGGAUAUGAACUUGCUGCCGAACUCCGACAAAUCGUGGAUGUAUGUCGCCAACAAUAAAUCAGACGGCGAAGCUGAGGUUGAAAAACUCUCCGUCAAGUUUAAGACGCCACAGAUCGCCAACCAAUUCAAAGAGAUCUGGGACACCUGUCGACACGGUAGCUAAAAUUGGUAACUGGUAUUCAACUAACAUUAAACUGAGGUGCUUUCCCCGUGACGUCAUAGGCUGUGACGUCACCAGACAUUGCCAACGGCUUUUAAUCAACAGAAAUCGCUUCGUCAAUUGAGUUUAACCGAUUCAUGAUUACCGUAUUGAAAUAAAACGAUAUUCUGUA